ACACGUACCGCGACAAUUCAUCUUGCAGGCAAGUUUAGAGGGACGCCAUCUCGCCACUGACCAGACAUGCUUUAAAGCAACAGAAAAACUUGUUCAGAGUAUUUUUUUUACCUUGUGCUCUUGCCCCCCUUGAACUGCCCAACUGUGAAGGGGGUAAAAUUAACGGUACCUGCUUGCACCUCCAACAAUAUUAUAUUUGCAACACGAUACGGUACAUGCCAGGAUAAGUAUUUUUAUUUCCAAGCCAUGACAGAAGUAAAGCUCUUCUCGCUGCUGGCAGUGGGAGUUGUCCCUAUAAACAGCAGCUCAGCUUGCUUCUGCCUUGGGCCGGCUCUGGACAGGAGUAAUGCAAUAACUACAUUAUGAGCAAGCCACCCUGACAGAUAUCAGCUGUACAGGUGCUUCUUGUGGGGACGGGUAUACCUUCCCAUGGAGUCCAAACAGUAAUGCACUGAUCACCGCUGGCAUCAUUAUAGCCGGCAUUAUUAAGAGGAAGAAGGGGGGGGUGUGAUGGUGGCGGUGCACAAAAAUCAAUACAGGAUACCUUUUGCAGCGGUAGUGAAAACGAGAGAGAGGUGGAAGAGGAGGGGUGGUGGUGAGGUGCUUAGGCGGGUGUGGGAGGCAGGAGGAGGGAGGGAUUGAAGGAGGGAGGUGCGGGGGGUUGGGGGUGGUGAUGUGUGAGUAGUAGCGGCUCCUCUCUCGCCUCAAUGUUGCGGCCAGCCUGGUGGCAGAUCGCUACAAUCCUGGAGGGGAGCCGGGUCGAGUGAGCCAUCUGGGGGUUCCCAAAAUUAUAACGGGAGGGGGACAAAAAGAAGCAGAAAGACAAAAAUCCAACAAAAGAAAAAAAGAUAGAAAGAUUUAAAAAAACAAAAACAAAAACAAAGACGGAUGGACGGAGAUAUAGGCAAGUGUUCCGAUAAGACGCGGCACCAUGGUCGGAUUCUAGAAUAGCGGCGCCGUCUUGUGUUUUUAUUUGUUCUUUUCUUUCUUUUCUGUUCGCGAGAUUUUCCGGGUUUAUUUUUUAUUUUAUUUUUAAAGAGCUUCAUUUACUUGGAUGUUUAUUUAUUUAUCCAUCGAUUUAUUGCGUUUUAAUUACUGCCUUGUGACAGGGAGCGAAAGGAGGAGGAGCAUCGGUGCCAUGCGCGCUCGCUGCCGUGUUCUCUGACUCUGUUUGUGCCCCCCUUUCAUUUACCACUUGUUUAUUAUACUUAUUUAUUAUUAGAUUUAAGAAAACGACCAAACCCAGGCGUGUUGAAUGCACGAUCCGCCGCGUUUGCGCGUAUAUCGGAUGAAUGUAGACGACUGACCAAGGAGCAGCUAAAGACCAAAUACAUAGGCUAUACUAUAUCCAAAAAGAAAUGCAUACGUCUUAAUAACUCUGCGUGUCUCUUACUGUCUUGUCUUUGUGUUAUAUCCGACGGUGUUGUUUUAAGCUGCACAAGCGAAUACCAAAGCGGAGACGCCACAGGAAUAGGCUCAGCGACUGUUCUCAUGCCUUCUUCACACCUACAGGAACUGCUGAGGAGUGAGAGAAUAAAAUAAGCUCCGGGGGCCUCUAUGUUUACUCAAGGAGAAAGCUUUAACAGCGCGAAGGUAGUAGAAGAAAGGCGCAGGUGCAUCGGCUUUUAUUCUAAGCUUUAAUUCUAGGGGAACUUUUCAUGUGGCUGCAGAACGGAGCUCCCCGCUUAUCCGUCUGUGUUAGUUUCUCAAGGGACCACCCUACGUUUCUAUGAAUAUAUAGAUGCUCUAUGCACAUUUUAGGGUACACCAAAAAAAACUCUAAGGCAUCACACAUGUACUACAUGACAAAGUGCGCAAACGAGGCUACAUGUGCACACACCUAACUGCGAAUGUUGUGAGCUCUACAAACCAAAUAUCCCCCCGAAGCUGUGUGCCAGAGAAGACUCAGAAGCAUCAGAGGAGGACCGAGCUUGUCACCCGGCUUGUGUCAGAUUAUUUGCAUCCAAACGAGAAGCGGGAGGAAGAAGAUCAUGUUUGUUCCCUUGCCGGUGCCGUUCGUCUUUCAGAGAACUGCCCCUGACCUCAGCGCCUGGCGUCUCAAGUCCCCUCUGGCUCUCCGCUCCAACUCCGAUAUCAGGAUGUCAAAGCCAGCAGAGGUCGAGAAAGUCGGGGCUGACUCUCCGUUGGAAGGCACAGAGUCAGAGCGGAAUGGACCUGAAUCAAAUCACCAGGUUCAGGCAAUGAAAGUCAGCCCCUUUUCUCUGUCACCAAACCUGAACAGCAGCAAGAAUAAGAUGGAUGAGUGCCCAGAAAUGUCUCCAGGCCUUCCUCCCUCACAUGGCCCGACUCCUUCACAGACAGCCCUACAACACACCCAGCUCAUGCUGACUGGCUCACAGUUAGCAGGGCUGACAGCUUUGCUGCCAGCGCAGCAACAGCUGCUGCUGCAGCAGGCUCAGGCGCAGCUCCUGGCUGCCGCCGUGCAGCAGUCCAAUGCAGCCCAUGCAGCUCAUGCUGCCCAUGCCGCCGCUCAAGCCAAUCAGCAAGCUCAGGCAGCUGCAGCAGCAAAUCAGCAAGCCCAGCAGCAGCAGCAGCAGCAGCAACAGCAGCAGCAGCAGCAACACAUAGGACAAACAGGACAGCAGGCUCAGUCCCAGGGACAGAGCACACAGGAGCAAAACACCCAAAGUGUCCCCGUCCCACCGCCUCCACCUCAGCUCACGCUCUCCCAGCCUAUCCAGCUCACAGCCCAGGACAUUCAGCAGUUGCUGCAGCUUCAGCAGCUGGUGUUGGUGCCCGGUCACCCGCUUCCAUCUCCAGCCCAGUUUCUUCUCCCACAGGCGCAGCAGGGCCAGCAAGGACUCCUAUCGACACCAAAUCUUAUUCCGCUACCUCAGCAAAACCAAGGGAGCCUCCUGUCUGCUCCAACUAGAAUGGGACUCCAGACGCAGGUGCAGCGAGAUAAGAGCAUAGAUGUGGGCGGUGGAGGAGGCAUGACCACGGUGCCCUCUGUGACCUCGCACCCCGAGGAGCCCAGCGACCUGGAGGAGCUGGAGCAGUUUGCCCGCACCUUCAAGCAGAGACGCAUCAAGCUGGGCUUCACACAGGGGGAUGUCGGCCUGGCCAUGGGGAAGCUGUACGGGAACGACUUCAGCCAGACCACCAUUUCCCGCUUCGAGGCGCUCAACCUGAGCUUUAAGAACAUGUGCAAGCUGAAGCCGCUGCUGGAAAAGUGGCUCAACGACGCAGAGACCAUGUCCAUAGACAGCACCCUGCCCAGUCCCAGCUCCCUGUCCUCUCCGUCGCUGGGCUUCGAGGGGGUUCCUGGUCGCAGGAGAAAGAAGAGAACCAGCAUUGAGACGAAUGUUCGUGUGGCCCUGGAGCGUUCAUUCCUGACGAACCAGAAGCCUACCUCAGAGGAGAUCCUGCUGAUCGCGGAGCAGCUCAACAUGGAAAAGGAGGUGAUCCGGGUCUGGUUCUGCAACCGCCGGCAGAAAGAGAAGCGCAUCAACCCCACCAGUGCCACCCCUCCGCUGCCCAGCCAGCCCCCCACUGCCCCACAAACGCACAAACCGCCCUGCUACAGCUCUCAUAUGAUGUCCAGCCAGCUGUCCCAGGCCGUGACCAGUCUCAGCAGCACAACGGUGACCACCAUGUCCUCCAUUUGCCCCCUGUCCUCCAGCCUCACCUCCACUCACCCCUCUCUCACCUCAGCCCACCCCCCUCUGAGCUCCACACCCUCCCCGGCGACUCCUCCUCCUCCUCCCCGCAGCACAGCCAGCCCCGCCACUCCUAGCCACAGCACACUCAACCUAAACACAGGCUUGUGGCGUAUGGGUAAAAAGAACGGUGAAAUGUCCAACUACAUCACUGAUUUUGCUGCAAACCUGAGGAACACUGUGAUGGGAGUUAACACGGGGAUGAACCAAGCCCUCCUCGGUAACAAUCCCCUGGCCACUAUCCAAGCCCUAGCAGCCAGUGGUGGCCAGCUGCCUCUUUCCACUCUUGAAGGAGGCGGCAAAAUGAUGCUGGGGACCUCCGGGGGCCAAGGAGGCGGGCUUCCCUCCUCCCUCUUCCUUAACCACCCCACCCUCCUCCACAUGGGCCCGAACCCCGGCGCCGGACUGGUCAGCGCCGCCGUAGCCAAAGUCUCCCAGUCCUCGCCCUUCCCCUCGGCCAGCAGCAUCAGCCCUACGCCCUGCUCCCCCUCUCCCUGCUCCAGCCCUGCCUCCUUCUGCUCCUCCAGCGAAAUGGCACACAGCCCGUCCUCUCUGGGGGGGCCCAAGAUCGAGUGACCGCAGCCGGGGGUCAAUCAGAGAGGAGCAGAAAGGAUUUGAACAAGAACCUCGCCUUCCACACCAAAGCUAUCUUUAUCUCUCUCUCUUGUGCUCUUCUUCCGUUUUUUUGUGUUUUUUUUUCCUCUCAGCGCCUCUCUCCGUCUUUCUCUCCAAGCCUUUCGAUGCCAAAAAUACACAGAAUGAAAGAGGAGAGAAGGAGGGAAAGAAGUAAGAGAAGGGAGAAAGGAGGAGAAAGGUCGAAACCAAAAAUCUUUAUGUAUCCAAACGGAUGAAACGGAGACGGCAACGGACAUAUUUCUCGAAAAACACGGGGCGUGGCGCGUCUCUGCUAAGGAAAACCAAACCGUGACUCUGCAGCAAAGAGGUGGGAGAGACGGCACGUCCGAGUGCAUAAACCAAAAAUGACAAAAAGAUAACUUUGACUAUAUGACAAAAAAAAAAGGAAUGGCAGCACAGACGAAGAAACAAAGAGGAGAACUAUCCUUUUUCUUUUUUUAAAAUGUCAUUUUCCAGAAAGCUGCGGGUUUAAAAGAAGAGGAGUUGGGAGGAGGAUACGUUUAAACCAAAAAUUUUACCUGAGGAGGAGAUGGAGGAAUACACAAUGAGACAAAAAAAAACAACAAAACCAAAAAAAAAAAAAAAAAAAAAAC